AAUGUUAUUCUUGAUUGGAAGAUUGGUAUUGCAGCUAAGGAUUGGGAUUCUGUUGCUAAGAAAGAGAAGAUUGAGGGCGUUGAGCUUGAGCUCAAGAAAUUGGAAGCACAGGUUCAGGCAAUCCAUCAGAAUUUACUAUAUCUAAAAUCCAGGGAAGCUGAUAUGAGAGAAGUGAGUGAGACGACAAAUGCCAGAGUUGCAUGGUUCAGCAUCAUGUCCCUUGGUGUAUGUAUUAUGGUAUCUGUCUUGCAGUUGUGGCAUCUCAAAAGCUUCUUCCAGAAGAAAAAACUGAUCUAGACUUAACCAUUGAAGCAUGUAGAAUGAGCAAAAAUCAAGAAACAAUUGGUAUGAAUCGCUGUUUUUGUGUAA